AUGUCAAUAGCAAUCUGGCCUCGCCUGUCCCCAGAGGACCUGCUUCAAAAGAAGCAGGAAUCGCUCAGACGCGAGCUCGAAUGGAUUGUCACGGAGACCCACGCCGUCCUCAAGGACGUCCGCUACGGCCUGCAAGAAUGCUACGCCCUCCUGGCCCCCAUCGACCCGGGCAGCACCCUCGUCAUGAGCACGCAGCGUAACGAACGCGUAAAGGGGACGGUGACGCGGGUCGGCACGCGGAUAGUCAAAGGGACAAUCCACCUCCAGCUCCGAACCCUCCCAACCCAGACCCUUACCCUCGACCCCUCGCACCCGAUUCACAUCGCCGCGCUCGAGACGGUUCACACCCACCUCACCGAGUGCCUCGACCUCCUCUCCCUCACAGACAGCCCGUCCCCCUCCACGAACCCCACGCAGCUCGCCGCCCAGCUCCGCAUCAUCGCCGCCUCCCUCGCCGAGUCCUCCUCCCUCCUCAAGGGCCCGUCCCCCAACCAGUCCGACCCUCGCUGGCAGACCGACUCGUGCCCCCCCAUCCACUUCACCCCGCCCCUAGGCCCCAGCGUCAGCUUCCACCUCGGCCUGCAGGAAUCGAGCCUGGUCCUCUGGCUGCGCGCUCUCGAACCCGUUGACACGCCGGUCCACUUUGGCACCAAGCUCGGCCUGGCGCUAGGCACCGUCCGCAGGCUCGAGCACGACGAGAUGGAUCGCCCGUUCCGCUUCACAUAUAGCACCGUGACGGACGGUGGGCAGAAGCACAAGCACGGCACCGGGCACCCGCGGAGCAGCGAGAGCACUCCCAGCGGGCUGGGUACCCCAUCCAGCAACGGCGAGGCCAACGAGGUUUACGUGCGGGAAAAGGUCCGCGUCGAAAGCCUGCCGGACCCCAACUUGAUGUCGCUAUCCUCCAAGCUGAUUGCGUUGGGCCAUACACUGGCCAGUGCUAGAAGGAACCUGGCAGCGGUCAUGGGCGAGGAGUUUGACGAAUGA